CAAAAGGGAAAAGUGGAAUCCAGCCCACUUGCUGCCAAGUUCGCAUCCUAAUGGUUUCAAAAUGGAUCAAAUGAACAGAGUAAGAAUAGACUCAAGUCGACGCACCCUCCCACGACCUUGGAAUGCAUGCGAUCCGCCCCGCGCCCCCAGUGGCGCUCGUUCCGACAACCGUCGUGGCGUGGGACAUGACCUCUGUGUUCCUUAGCGUCGCGCUCGCGGCGAAUCUCGUCUUGACGCCGCUGAAAGCGUACUUGUGCGAGUCGUUUCCGUGGCAAGCCAGCGACCCGCCGUCCAUUCUACGCACAGCCUCGUCGUGGGCCGAGAAAGAAGUGUUUCUUUUAUCGCUAACAGCCGACCGGUACAACGACAGCGUCUUUACCGGCGAUGCCAACUAUUUCGAGGAUGUCCUUGCGUCGACUGUCGUGUACCGUCGCCUUGUGACGCGGCCGAUAGCGCCGAUCACCAACUGCGCCUUGGACGUUGCCACGCAGGUCAACGGAGGUCUCUUCCUGUCGCUGGGAACGCAGGCGGCGCUGUGUGCGUUUGCGGCGGCCAACGACAGUCAUAUGUUGCGCUCGUGCUUUGAGGCCCGGACGAUGGGCACCGUGGAUCGGUACGGCUGCCUCUGGUCCACGCUGCGCAACGCAUCGGAUGACUCGACGACGGUUUGGCUCUACUCGGCCUUUCAACUCAACGCGUCGCAUGGGUUUUUAAUCGGAAAGCUCGUGUUUCGCAUGCUCUUGACGCUGUAUAUGGCUCGGCGGGUGUGGGUCGAGUACUAUGUCCACUACAAAGUGCUCUGGACGCAGUGCGCGCGGCUACCAAACAUCACAAUUUGCAAGAUCUACAUGGGCGACCCGACAAGUAUUUUCUUGCUGCAUCCGGUCAUUUGCCUCUGCUUGGCGAUCGACAUGUGGCUCAGCGUCAACGUUGUCGCCAACCAAGUCGUGGCGGUGCUCCAGGUCGGUAGCAUCUACGCAUUCCUUCUCGGGGAUUUCUAUCUCUCGCGCUGUGUGUGGCUCUGCUACGCCUGUAUGGCCUGCACCUCGGUCGUGCUCAAGCGAUUCCAUUGGGAGCAUGUGUUUCCGCCCAUGGACCCAACGCUCGUGGCCGUGGUCGCCACGGCCUUGGUCGGACCUCUUACGUAUCUGCAAGGCAACAGCCUGUGCAUUCAGGCCUACGCGUGGAUCCUUAACGUCGCGGCCAGCUCGCCACAUGCCACGGAAGGCGUGUACGCCGUCUUGCUCUACACGUGUUCGAUUGGCGCGCUCCCCCUUGUGCAUGGAGCGGUGCAGUACAUACUCUGCCGACGGCGUUACGGGCGUGGUCCGACCAACUAUGCGUCGCACCAGUACAACGAUGUGAAGAACCAAGCGAUGCUGGUUCUCCAAUUUCUCUGGCUCGGUCCUGUGCCGCACACCAGCGGCGGAUCGCUCUACCAUGUGUUUGAUCAGUUCCCGGGCUUGAAGCGGUCGCCGUGCAUUAGCCAGCGCGGCACCGAUUGUUUUUUGCUCCUCUUGAAUACAGCCAAGCACCCGUUGGAGCUGCGCCGCCUCAGUCUGCUCUGCCACGGCCUCGAUCGAACGCGUGCGGCACAUCGCGUUGUCGAGGCCAAAGGUCCCGUCAUUUUUGGCCGCGUCAAGCUGACGACCUCGCGCACGAGCUACGAUGGCACGCGCAUCGUCUUGCUCGAGUCGUCGCUCUUCCAGAGUCCGUGGGUCGAAUAAUAGCCAAAUCGGCAGCGACUGCGCGUGGAUCGAAUGAUGACUUUAUCAUUUCGCC